GGUAAGCAGUUCACAAAUAGUACGAGGUGAAAAGUUGUUGUGGUGCGUGUUGAGUUAACAUCGCCCGAUUAGUUUAGCUUCAGUUUACUUUAUUUUUAAGGUGUUAGAGAUGAAAUUUCAGUUGAGAUGAAUUAAAAGAGUUACUUUUGCAUAUGAUAUUAGUGUAUCAAGUGAUGUAUUGAAGGUACGCGACAUUCGAGACUUUACGUUCUUUAUUGAAUCGUCAACGUUUUUGGCCGUCAGAGGAAUCCACUGUAUUCUGCAAUCAUGACAAAUAUCAUUUCAGUGACGGUUCUUUACUUGAUUGUGGUAACGUAUAGGCUGGAAGGGACGUUAGAAACGCAUCAUAAAUGUGAACGUAUUACGAUCCCAAUGUGUCAGAAUAUGCCAUACAAUAUGACAAGGAUGCCAAACUUCAUGGGUCACUCUGAUCAAGCGGAGGCAGCUAUUCGAGUGCACGAGUACAUUCCUCUAGUUAAGAUUGGCUGCUCUAGACAUCUUAAGUUUUUCCUCUGUUCUCUGUACGCUCCCAUGUGCACAGAACAAGUAGAUAUACCUAUUCCUUCCUGUCAGUCUAUCUGUGAAGAGGUGAAAUCCAAGUGUCUCCCUGUAUUACAGCGGUUCAACUUUGAAUGGCCCGAUGCUCUCAAUUGUACUCGUUUACCUGUUCCUCAGAGAAACGGACUUUGUAUGGAGUAUCCGAACAUAACGGACGACCGUCACUCCCUCUCCCCGGUAUCUGGGAAGGACGACGGGAAGGACCCUAACUUGUCCCAUCAAUACAGCGACAGCUCCUCCCAAGCCCACUUCAUACCUCGUCGACCCAGCCUUUACCCUUAUAGUAUCAAGACAUCUAGCCCCAAUAGUAAAGUGCCCGACUUUUCUCAGAUCCCAUCCUUUGGAACUUCUUGCCCUGAAAAUUUCGUGUUUGUGCCAUCCCGGAGAGCGGGGAUUGUGGAAUGCAGUCCCCGCUGUGACAGAGAAGUGUUUUUCACCAGGAAGGAUAAGAACUUCGCAGAAAUUUGGAUGGGAAUUUUUGCGGCCGUAUGUUUCAUGUCCACCUUAUUCACGGUUUGCACGUUUUGGAUUGACUCUGCACGUUUUCGCUAUCCCGAACGUCCAAUUAUAUUUCUCAGUAUGUGUUUCUGUAUCUAUAGUUCGGCAUACCUGAUUCGGAUAUUUGCAGGGCCCGAGUUCAUAUCAUGUGAAAAGACAGAAAAUGGUGAACCCUACUUGAUCAAGGAAGGCCUAGAAAGCACCGGCUGUAUCAUCGUUUUUCUCUUGACGUAUUACUUUGGCAUGGCCGCUGCUGUAUGGUGGUUGGCCCUCACGUUCACUUGGUUCCUAGCAGCAGCUAAAAAGUGGGGGCACGAAGCCAUUGAGUCACGAGCCUCUUAUUUCCAUCUUUUAGCUUGGGCUGUUCCCGGAGUACUAACCAUUGUCGUCCUGACUUUGCGACAUGUGGAUGGUGACCAGCUAACCGGCAUGUGCUACGUUGGAAAUUCGGACAAAGAGGCACUACUGUGGUUCGUCAUUGCUCCUCUAAGUGUUUUCUUUGUGCUUGGCGCCACUUUUAUUAUCCUUGGAUUUGCGUCUCUUCUUCGGAUCCGAAGAGUAAUGAAAACUGGAGGUAGGAAUAUCAGUAAACUAGAACGUUUAAUGAUUCGGAUUGGAGUAUUCUCCGUCCUUUACACUAUUCCUGCACUCGGCCUCAUUGCCUGUCACUGGUAUGAAUAUUCCAAUAGGCCAACAUGGACAGCUACUGCAAUGGCAACCUUGCUUACAUGCCCAUUACGAGAUGGAGAUGGUACUUGUAGGUUAAUAGACAGUAUACCAAGCGAAGAGAUAUUUAUGCUGAAGAUAUUCAUGUCGCUUCUCUUGGGGAUCUCCACUGGAGUGUGGAUUUGGAGCAACAAGACUUGGAAUUCUUGGAUGAAAUUCUUCAACAAUAAGCUACACAAGAAACCCAGAAGAAACUUCAAAGCUCCGACUGUAGUGUAUCACACACCUCACACUGAAUCAAGCAAGGCCACGUGUAGCAGAAAACAUGAGCGCCACCUUCAUCAGAUACAAGUGACCAGAAUCUGAACUGUAGAGCUACCAACAAAUGAUGUCAUAUUUCAUGUUUAGUAAUGGUGGAUUGAUGUCUGCUUGACUCGUUUAAUUUUGAUGUCUUUCAUAACUGUUCUCAAGAAUACUGUAAAUAUAACGGGCAUGUAUACAUGUGUGUGUAUGUAUAUAUAGUAUAAAUGUAGCACCUUAUGUCACACGGAGAGAGCGACUGCCAAUGAGUGAACAGAAAGAACUUAUGCAUCUUAAUUCUGAUAAAUAUACCAAUUUUAUUCUUGCGCUGACGUUUGAAAUAGAGUAGCAUUUUAUUUCGUAAUUGUUUAACUAUGUAGGAUAUACGAAUCAGAGUUGCAGUAAAUAUAUAUAUAUAUAUUACUGAAUAAACAUAGGAGUGUCUAUAGUGAAGGUAUGGUUUUAUACAUUAAAUCACUAAAUAGGAGUUAUUACAAGUUUGUUGCUCCAGCAAAAAAGUAGAAUUGUAGAAUGCCAGUGUGAGAUUUAUAAAAAAACUGAUAAAGUGUAUAUCUGAGUGGCUUAAAUUAGGACUGGUUUGAUGUUUUAUUGGGAGGGGGGGCAGUAGCCAUCAACAGAGGUAUAAAUUACUGGAUUUAGUAGUCUUGAUAUUUCAUCUGUAAGCAACUUUAAAAAAAAAAAAAAGAAGAAGCUUGGAACAUAAAACUAUGCGUGAAGUGUAUUAACCUGUUGUUACACAUUGUAACAGUUACCUUUGUUGCUUAAUACACACGCAAGUAUUUCAAUUGUGCUGUUGAAGAUCCAGUUAACAGUCUAAAUAAACCAUGCAGUAUUCUUGUUGGUUCAUCAAUUGAACAAUGUUACUUCUACUUAACCAAAAUAUAUUUCACAAAAUCGUUUUUGUACAAUAUAGACCUAUUUAAGUAACACAUUUUAAAAAAUGCCCCCCCCCACAUUAUUUUCAUGACGUUAUUGUCUUCGAAAUGUACUUAACGUAUAGAUUGCAGAAGAAGCAAACUUAUGAAAAAGUUCGUCGCUUGUAUAUAUAUAUAUGGUAGUGAAAAAACUAGAGCCUAAUUAGACCUUGUCAAUAUUUGUUUUAACACCAUAGGAAAACAUUUUCUCUGUAGAUUUAGUAAUAUACCGUCGAUCUUGACCGUUAUUCAAGACAAGUGUUCUUGCUCUGACUCUGUGUGUAUGUAUAAUUUAUACUAUAUGAUAUAAUUUGUGCUUGAGUUUGAGUAAAAAAAAAAAUCACUCAUUGUAACAAAGGGG